UCCUGGCCGCGGACCGCCCGCUCCCAGCAGUCAGGCCUCUGCCCCGCGAGCUCACCACCUGCAGAGGCGCUUUAAACCGAGCGGGCUGGGCUCUCACUAAUGUUUAACUCUGGCCGAAACUUGGCGGCGAGCGCAGGGUGACUCUGCGCGCAGAGCAGCAGAGCAGGACGUCCGUCUCUGCGCGGGGACUUCUGCGCUCCAGUCUCAGAAAUCAGUUCCGAGGAGAAAGCGAUCAUGAAGACGCCGUGGAAGGUUCUCCUGGGACUGCUGGGUGCUGCUGCGCUCGUCACCAUCAUCACCGUGCCCGUGGUUCUGCUGAACAAAGAUGAUGCGGCCUCUGACGGCCGCAGAACUUACUCUCUAGCUGAUUAUUUAAAGAAUACUUUUCGAGUGAGGUCCUACCCCCUGUUGUGGAUUUCAGAUCAUGAAUAUCUCUACAAACAAGAAAACAAUAUCUUGCUAUUCAAUGCUGAACAUGGAAACAGCUCCAUUUUCUUGGAGAACAGUACCUUUGAAAGCUUUGGAGAUUCUAUAAGUGAUUAUUCAGUAUCGCCGGAUGGACUAUUUAUUCUCUUAGAAUACAACUAUGUGAAGCAAUGGAGGCAUUCCUACACAGCUUCAUAUGAUAUUUAUGACUUAAAUAAAAGGAAGCUGAUUACAGAAGAGAGAAUUCCAAACAAUACACAGUGGAUCACAUGGUCACAAGAAGGUCAUAAACUGGCAUAUGUUUGGAAGAAUGACAUUUAUGUUAAAAUUGAACCAAAUUUACCUAGUCAGAGGAUCACAUGGACUGGGAAAGAAGAUUUAAUAUAUAAUGGAAUAACUGACUGGGUUUAUGAAGAGGAAGUCUUCAGUGCCUACUCAGCUCUGUGGUGGUCUCCAAACGGCACUUUUUUAGCAUAUGCCCAAUUUAACGACACAGGAGUUCCACUCAUUGAAUACUCCUUCUACUCUGAUGAAUCAUUGCAGUACCCCAAGACUGUGUGGAUUCCAUAUCCAAAGGCAGGAGCUGUGAAUCCAACUGUAAAGUUUUUUAUUAUAAAUAUAGACUCUCUCAGCUCAACCACCAUUGCAACUUCAAUCCAAAUCCCCGCUCCUGCGUCCAUUUUGACAGGGGAUCACUACUUGUGUGAUGUGGCAUGGGUGACACAAGAGAGGAUUUCUCUGCAGUGGCUUAGGAGGAUUCAGAACUAUUCCGUGAUGGACAUCUGUGACUAUGAUAAGUCCAACCAAACAUGGAACUGCCCAUUGGCACAGCAGCAUGUUGAAACGAGUACUACAGGCUGGGUUGGCAGAUUUAGACCUGCAGAGCCUCAUUUCACCUCUGAUGGUAAUAGCUUCUACAAGAUCAUCAGCAACGAAGAGGGCUACAGACACAUUUGCCAGUUCCAAAAGGACAGCAAAGACUGCACAUUUAUUACUAAAGGAACCUGGGAAGUCAUUGGGAUAGAAGCUCUGACCAACAAUUACCUAUACUACAUUAGUAAUGAAUAUAAAGGAAUGCCAGGAGGAAGGAAUCUUUAUAAAAUUCAACUUAAUGACCACACAAAUCUGAAGUGUCUUAGCUGUGACCUGAAUCCAGAAAGGUGUCAGUACUAUUCUGUGUCAUUUAGUGACAACGUGAAGUAUUAUCAGCUGAGAUGUUUGGGCCCUGGUCUGCCUCUCUAUACAAUGCAUCGCAGCAUGGAUGAUAAAGAACUACGAGCCCUGGAAGACAAUUCAGCUUUGGAUAAAAUGCUGCAGAAUGUCCAAAUGCCUUCAAAAAAAUUGGACUUCAUUAUUUUGAAUGAAACAAAAUUUUGGUAUCAAAUGAUCUUGCCUCCUCAUUUUGAUAAAGCCAAGAAAUAUCCUCUACUAUUAGAAGUAUAUGCCGGCCCCUGUAGUCAAAAGGCAGAUGCUGUCUUCAGACUCAACUGGGCCACUUACCUUGCAAGUACAGAAAACAUCAUAGUAGCUAGCUUUGAUGGGAGAGGAAGUGGUUACCAAGGAGAUAAGAUCAUGCAUGCAAUCAACAGAAGAUUGGGAACAUUCGAAGUUGAAGAUCAAAUUGAAGCAGCCAAACAAUUUACAAAAAUGGGAUUUGUGGACAGCAAACGAAUUGCAAUUUGGGGCUGGUCAUAUGGAGGGUACGUAACCUCAAUGGUCCUGGGAUCAGGAAGUGGAGUGUUCAAGUGUGGAAUAGCUGUGGCACCUGUGUCACGAUGGGAGUACUAUGAUUCAGUAUACACAGAACGUUACAUGGGUCUUCCAACUCCAGAAGACAACCUUGACCAUUACAGGAAUUCAACAGUCAUGAGCAGAGCUGAAAAUUUUAAACAAGUUGAGUACCUCCUUAUUCAUGGAACAGCAGAUGAUAACGUCCACUUUCAGCAGUCAGCUCAGAUCUCCAAAGCCUUGGUGGAUGCUGGAGUAGAUUUCCAAGCAAUGUGGUACACUGAUGAAGACCACGGAAUCGCCAGCAGCACAGCACACCAGCACAUCUACACUCACAUGAGCCAUUUCCUCAAACAGUGCUUUUCUUUACAUUAGCACCCCAAAAAUGGCUUGCUAUUUACAGUGUAUUAAAAACUGUGUUUGUUCUCAUUAUCUCAAAAUGGCACUAUUAAGAUCAUCAUCUUAAUAACAUUCAAAUCAAGACAUUUAAGGCCACCUUUGUUUCCAGUUUCAUUCCUGCAAUCCUAAGUAAGGACGUCUGUCUUCACAACAGAUUAUUACCUUACAGCAAUUUGGAUUUUUCAGUCUGGUUUUGUUUAUCAUUUAAAAUAAUUUCCAUAUCAGUUGCUGAAACAACAAAUAUAAAUUAUUUUUAUGAUAGCUUUGCAUAGAUUCCAUGAGAGGUAUUUCAGUUUUUUUUUUUUUUCAAACUAGACUAGUCCAAAUCUUGUUCCCUUAUUUAAAGAGAUGACAAGAUGUGGGCAAUGAUGUCACUAGGGUACCAAUAAGAAAACAGGGAAUAGGGAGAGGAAAUUACAGAAUACGGCUAGAAGCCCAAGUCCAAGCAUACCAGCCCAACCAGGCUACUGUCAGCUCGCCUCGAGAAGAGCUGUUCUCUGCCAGACUGGCACAGUUUUCUGAGAAAGACUACUCAAACAGUCUCAGGAAAUCAUAUAUGCAAAGCGCUGACUUCUAAGUAAAACCACAGCAGUUGAAUAGACUCCAAAGAAAUGCAAGGGAAACUGCCAGCAAUUUAAGGACCCCAGGUGCCAGUUAUGGCUAUAGGUGCUAUAAAAACACAACAGGGGUGAUGGGAAAGCAUUGUAAAUGUGCUUUAAAAAAAUUACUGAUGUUUCCUAGUGAAAAGAGGCAGCUUGGAACACAUCAACUUGCCCUGUUAAAAGUUGAAAAUAUUUGUAUCACAAAUUCUAACAUGAAGGAAUACUUGCAUUAAUUUUUCUUACUUCAUUUCUUUGAGCAUGGUAAUUAAAAUAUUUUAACUUCAUGGGAUUUUUUAAGUGGAAAAUAAACUAGAAUGUUGUGUAUUAUUGUUUCUACUCUACAUACUGUGGAAGUUCUCCUGGUCAUUUAAUAAAUGUGCCUUCAUUUUUUCAGAGAUAA